AUGGUUAGACCGAAAGGCAUGGGACGCAGCAAAAUAGAGAUAAAGGAAAUACAGAACAAGGGAGCCAUGUACUGCACCUUCACAAAGCGUCGCAAUGGUCUAUGCAGAAAGGCUAGGGAGCUCCAUACCUUGUGUGGUGCCCAAGUUGCUGCCAUUGUCUUCUCUCCCAUGAACAAGAUGUACACCUUUGGUGAGCCUUCCGUGGACUCCGUGGUGAAUCGCUUUCUUUAUGAACAACAACAACAACCCUUGAAUAGAGGAGGGCAGAAGAAGAAGAAGACGAUACUGUUUUUGUCAGACGAGUGCAUUGAAGGUUUUGAGUUGCAUGAGCUUAAGCAUUGCACGGCUUUGAUGGAAAAGUUUGUGAAAAAUUUAGAGGAACGACUAGCAAACGUGGUGUAUAGGAGGGUUCAAACGAAGGAUUUGAUUAGUUUAAUUAAAUAA